UGGACCAUUGUGUAAUAGUGUUAGUAAAGAGUUGCUUAAGAAACUUAAAACCAUGAACACAGUUUUGUUAAUUUCUUGCUUUUCCAUAUUGGAAGUGACCUCCUUAUCACUAUUUAAACGGUCAUGUACCGUGACAAUAGAUUCGGACUUUGUGACCGAUCGGUUUCUCGGGGACUGGUACAUGGUGAAAAGGAAGCCAACCGGAGCCAAUAAAAUAUCCGUACAGAAGUAUGCAUGGCACGUGACCAGGGGCCAGGGCAACGUCCUCAACGUCCGACAAACGGGAAGAUUUACCAUUGACGGAGUGCACAAACCUUGCUUUAAUAAGAGCGCAACACUGACCCCAGGGGCGAACAACGGGGAAUUUAUCUGGCAAUCCAAGACGAAGGUCUCAAGGGCGGAUAUAGAAAUAAUUAAAUUGGAGGCGGAUCUAGCGUUUGUGGAUAUGUGCGUCCCCAGCAAAACAUCGGGGAAGUGUGGCGCCUUCGUGUUAGCGAGAGACGAUAGUCCUAGUGAACAGGAAGUAGCGGCCAUUGAUGCGGGAAUUAACGCUGAACUUUGUGAAGAUAGUUCUAAAUUCAACAGCCUGAUAAAUAACGAUGUCGAGAUAUGUCCAUAGUGCCAAAGAGUAUCCUAGAUUUUCAGCAAUUCCACACCUGUACAUAGUUUGUUAUGUAAUCGUUAUCUAAUAGUUAUGUGAUAGUGAAGCAAUAGUUAUGUGAUAGUUAUGCAAUAGUUAUUUAAUAGUCAUGUAAUCGUCAUGUAAUAGUUGUGUAAAAGUUAGUUGUAGUUAAUGUAACAUUGCGGUAGUUGUUAUUUAUACUAUUGAAUAAAACAUUGGAAAAACA